CUAUCCAUAGCAUAGGUAGUAUACGCUCGGUAUAUGCCUAGCAACAGGGCAAAUAAUAAGUGGAUCUCAAGCUUGCUCUCUUCUUCUUGUCAAACCUGUGCUAGGUAUGUGACGACAUGCUGCAUUAGAAGAAUAGCGGAGUUGCAGGAUCCCUGUGCUCGCUACGGGAACACGAACCCGAACAGCCUCGGCACACUCGCAAUGAGAUCGACCGAGAUCUCCACCACUGUUAGCCAUCGCGACCACCCAUUGAAGCCAUACUUGUCCGUCAGUGUUCUUGCUUUAUGUUUUAGCAAGUAAACAUUUGGCCCGUGAUCUAGCCGGCGACGAUUUGAUCCCAGAUAAAAGCCAGAAAGAGGCCCAAAACAAAAUGGCGUCUCUUCCCAAGGCGCUCAGGUCCGCGCCCCCGGAAGUGCCAAAUGUGCUCAUCACCUUCCCCUCCCCGCACGUGCUCCUCAUCACGCUCAACCGCCCCGCCCAGCUCAACGCCAUCCCGUCGGCCCAGCACGCCCGCCUCGAGGCGCUCUACCAGUGGUACGACGCCGAGCCGUGGCUCCGGUGCGCCGUGCUGACGGGCGCGGGCCGCGCCUUCUGCGCCGGCGCCGACCUCAAGGAGUGGCACGGCCGCAACAACACGGACGGCACCUCCUCCUCACCACCGCCGCAGCCGGGCACUCGCCAGGCGGCCUGGACGGCGGCCGGGUUCGGCGGCAUGUCCAACCGGCCCGGCAAGAAGCCCGUGGUGGCGGCGGUCAACGGGCUCUGCCUGGGCGGCGGCAUGGAGAUGGCGAUCAACGCGGACCUCGUCGUGGCGGCGGCGGGCGCGCGCUUCGGCCUGCCCGAGGUGAUGCGCGGCGUCGUGGCCGUGGCGGGGGCGCUGCCGCGCCUGGUCCGCGCCGUGGGCAGGCAGCGCGCGGCGGAGAUGGCGCUAGUGGGGAGGACAGGGUACGGGGCCGCGCAGCUGGAGGCGUGGGGGCUCGUCAAUGUCGUCGUGCCGGCGGGGGGCGAUGUCGUUGCGGAGGCGGUGAGGCUGGCGGAGGAGAUUGCGGGGAACUCGCCUGAUGCUGUUAUUGUCAGCCGCGAGGGCCUGAGGUUGGGGUGGGAGGGCGUCGGGCCGGAGCUGGGCACCGAGUUGCUGGCUACGGGGCUGUACGGGCGGAUAGACGCCGGGGAGAAUAUGAAGGAGGGGGUCCGGAGUUUCGUGGAGAGGAGGAAGGCGGUUUGGAAGGACAGUAAGCUAUAAGAAGGCUCGUUUUGGGUGUAUGACUACGGAGUCGCCCAUUCUUUGGAAUUCGUAUGUGCUGUUUGGGAUUCUAAGUGGUAUUACGGAAGAUAUGGCCACCAUUGCGGCCAUAAUGCAGGCCGGUCCUCGCAAAUCCAGCUCUCAAAGGUGAAUCUUCCAAGACAACUCAGCGCCC